AUGAUCCCUGAGAUAAACUCAUCCUUGGAAAACCCUCCAGAGAAAAGGUCUAUUCUACAAUUUUUUGAGGUCGCUUGUCAGCUGUUUAUCCACAGCACACCUUCUGUUUGUUUCACAGAAUCACUGCUGAAGCUGUACAUCUUUGUGAUGGUGCCCUUGCAGGAAUGCAAGACAAGAAGACUCCACGGAAUGGAAAAGGCAACAGAAGGAUGCAGAGGAUACUGGAAAAGUAGAGCUGAGCGACCAUCAUUGUGAGCCAAACUUAAUUUCCCAUAGUCCCAUAUAAAUUAGGGGUGGGAAUGUUAGAAAUGUUGAUCCUAUGUGAACCAGGUCAAAUUAAAUCACAUUUCCAGGCUAGGGAAAUUACUUUUGCCUGCAGCAAAAGAGAAUGGCACACAGCACAAAUUAAGGCAAAGAGCCUAGUGCCCCUGGGCUGGCUGCACUUGUAUCCACUUAAUGCACAACGGAUGGAAUCUGUAAUUAGUGCAUUGCCAUGGAUCCAUGUGGGACACUUGCUGACUGUCUGGUAGAAGGUUACUUUGGCAAGGGAACUGGAAAUGGGAUCUGUCACAAAUCUCUUUCUAGUUAGGAACUAAGCCCACCCUGGAUCCAUAAAGAGGUAUGCUCUUUCAAUCUCUCUUGAUGUCCCAGGCAGGAUUGCGAAGAGUCUGUGAAAGACUCCUGUUGGAAAUUGUAGAGAGAUGCUUUCAGCUAGUAUGGACCAUCCUAAGCCAGAUGGAUCAGUGGCUUGAUUCGGCAUAAGGCAGCUUCCUAUAUUCUUCUUGUUGGGAGGCUAUCAGCAGGGCUGACCCAAUACAUUUUAGCAUCUGAGGCAAACCACAAAAUAGUGCUCCCCACCUCUCUAGGGAAGAAGGGGUGAGUGAAGAUGUACAUCAGGAACAAGGGGGCAGAAUAAAGAUCUACAUCAGGAACAAGGCUAGUAGGAGACCAGCAGCACCUCCCCAGAGACUGAUAUAGAGGCAGCAUUGUGGUGGCUGCCGAGGAGGCGGCAGAUCCAGCCCCCAAGGAACAUGCUGCAGCUGUCAUUCCCACCACAACAGCAACAGCAGGUGAUGCAUUCCUUGGAAGCUGGAUCUGCUGCCCCUGUGAAUCCUGCCACCUGAGGCAUUUGCCUCACCUUGCCUCAUGGAUGGGCUGACCCUGGAUCAAACCAUUAGGCAGGGCUUAAGAACUAAUCAGUAAGAUAAAAAAUCAAAGUGCACAAGAGCAUGUUGGUCAGACAGAGUUCCAUGGAGAGAGGUUGCCCUCUUAAUACUCUUUCCUCCUGAGAAAGAGCCAAUGGCCAGCUUUGGCAUAGUAAUUCAGGAAAAUUAUUGCCUGAGAAGAUGUAGUGAUAGUGCUCAUCGCAUUACAACUAUCACUUUACUCAGAAGCCAUAGUGAUGCAAUUUGCAACAUAGGACAAUUGUCAGCAUUUCCUGACAUGCUACCACCAACCAAUGUUUAGGGUGAUCUUCAGUGGCAUGCUAAGAGUCAAUUAUCAGUUUACUAUAAAUUGACAUGGCUGAAAAUCAUAUGGACAGAAUUUCCCCAUGGUUAGAUAAACAUAAUAUAUUGAGAAUUAAUGUGUUUUGGUUAGUUGGGUGCAUCCACAAGUUUCUUUCCCCCAUGGCUGCCACAGAUUAUUGUCAGAAUCAGCAUUGAGAGUACUUGGAGAUUUGUAUGAGCUCAUUAAUGUUAACUUAGUGCUUUUGCAUAAUCUAGCACAGAUCAGAUGCUUUAGCCUUCACUGGGUUGUCGUUCCCAUUUGUUAAAAAAUGACAAAUCAUACUCACUCUCCAAAACAAAUCACAAUAAUUCCUUUAUUGAAGCACUUCUUUGUUCUCCUUGAAAUGUUCCCAUGAUGCCUAUAUAAAAAUGGACAAAGACUGGGUGGCAGGUCAAAAGGGAUCACUGAUCACUUGUAUUGCUCCACUCUUUCCUCAGAUUAACUGUAAUUUUUUUACCAUUUGCUUUUCUUCUCCUGUAUUUAGGCUUUGAGAAGGGCUAUAUUUCAUACUCUGUAGGUUGUCUGAUGCAAUCAUCCCCAGGUCUGUGGCUGGGAUUCCUGAAGGAUUAUAGCUUUGCUUAAAAGUAAUAUUUUUAUUUCCUUUGUGCUUUUCAAGCCCUUAGAGUUACGCCAUAGUUGGGUUUCGAACAAUUCUGUACCAUAUGGAAGAGUAAACAUGAACUUGUUCCUCUUAAGGCUGUGUUUCUCAAACGUUUUGAACUUGGCUCCCUUUCUAAAACUACUGCACCUUCUGCCAGCACCAACCAUCUGCUGAGCGCACAGAUAUCCUUGCAUGCAUCUGAGUGCAUGCAUUCUGCUGCAGUGCAUGGAGAUAUAUGUAACAAGAAGGAAGGAUAUUAAAUAUUACUUCUGUUACUCAGUUGGUAGAGCAUAAAACUCUUAAUCUCAGGGUUGUGGGUUCAAGCCCCACGUUGGGCAAAAGAUUCCUGCAUUGCAGGGGUUUGAACUAUAUGACCCUCAUGUUGUUGUUGCUUAGUCGUUUAGUCGUGUCCGACUCUUCGUGACCCCAUGGACCAGAGCAUGCCAGGCACUCCUGUCUUCCGCUGCCUCCCGCAGUUUGGUCAAACUCAUGCUGGUAGCUUUGAGAACACUGUCCAACCAUCUCACCCUCUGUCGUCUCCUUCUCCUUGUGCCCUCAAUCUUUCCCAACAUCAGGGUCUUUUCCAGGGAGUCUUCUCUUUUCAUGAGGUGGCCAAAGUAUUGGAGCCUCAGCUUCACGAUCUGUCCUUCCAGUGAGCACUCAGGGCUGAUUUCCUUAAGAAUGGAUAGGUUUGGUCUUCUUGCAGUCCAUGGGACUCUCAAGAGUCUCCUCCAGCACCAUAAUUCAAAAGCAUCAAUUCUUCGGCGAUCAGCCUUCUUUAUGGUCCAGCUCUCACUUCCAUACAUCACUACUGGGAAAACCAUAGCUUUAGGCCCCUUCCAACUCUACAAUGCUGUGAAUCUAUUACCCUUUGCCUGCUCCAUCUAGACAGACAGAUGACAGAGAUGUAAUUUAGGGAGUCCAGGAAAUUUAAUUUCCCACCUGUAUUUCAGGCAACAUAUGUUUAUUAUGUACUCAGAAGUUCUUAUAUCUCUGGCCCAUUUACUCGUUCCACACUUGGACAAGACAUGAUUGUAUCUGAUUAAAUGGAUCUAGGUGCUAGAUUUGUAUGUUUGUAUUGCAAAGAGCUCCAAACGGGCUGUGAAGAGUUCCAAAAUAACAAAUGAGCUUCACUGUGAAAAAUUAUGCGAGACACAAAGGAGCAAAAAAUCCUUACUUCAAAUAUAUAAUGAAGAGGUUCAAACUGGAAGUAACUGAUCAGAAAGGGAUUUUGGGGUCAGGGUGGACAGUUCCAUUAAAAUGUCAACCCAGUGUGCAGCAGCUGUGAAAAUCAAAUUUAUUAGGGAUCAUUAGGAAUGGGUUAAAAAUAAAUACUGUAUACAAAUCUAUAGUGUAACCAAGCUUGGAAUAUUAGUUGCCAUGCUUAAAAAUGAUAUUGUAAAACUGGGAAAGGUGCAGGGGGGGGGGGCAAAGUGAUCAGGGAAUUGGAACAACUUGCAAAGAAGAAAGGUUACAAAGCUUGGGGCUAAUUAGUUUAGGGGGAAAGGUAACUAAGGGAGGGUAUGUUGUAAAUGUAUUAAGGCUUUGCAUAAUGUGGGGAAAGUGCUCAGAAAUGUGUUUUUCUCUUUGUCCAUAAUACUAGAAUCCAGAAUAAAGAAAUUAAUGGAAUCAGUUCAAUAAUCUGGAAUGAAGUGAGAUUCAGGACAAUCAAAACACCAUACUUUUUCAGACAGCCCAUAGUUAAAACUAUGGAAUUUGCUUCCACAACAUAUGGUGAACAUAAAAGGGGAAUUAGAUAAAUUCAUGGAGGAUAAGGCCAUCAAUUGCUAUUAAUCAUGAUGUCUAUGUAACACUUCCAGGAUCAGAGGCAGUAGGCCCCUGAGUACCAGUUGAAGGAAAAUGAUGGCCUCACAGAGUAGUUGCAUCCUACUUUUCAACUUCCACUGGCGCACCUGGUGGAGAAACAGGAUGCUGAAUUCAAAGGGUCUUUGGUCUGAUUUAGUUGGGCUCUUUUUUACAUUCUUAGAUUCACCAGCUUCUCUGAAAAAAAAUGCUAAAAAAAUAAAUAGUGACAAUUAUUUUUUAAAGGAACCCAAGAGAAAUCUCUUUAAUUACACCUUUUUGCAUUUAAUCUUUAAUAUCUACAUGAGUGGGCUUUCAGAUCUUGAUAGUCUUUCUUCACCACCAUUUCAUCCCUGAAUUAUGAAUUCAUCUCUGACAGGCAGGCUUUGUGGGGCUGGCAUAGAGGAGAGAGGAGGAGGAGGAAAUAACAGGGCUUGCUUGGUUUCACAUAUUGAUCUGAAAGGCUGAAACUGAAAAACUAAUUCCUCCUGGAUUCCUAUCCACCCAGAGCAGAAGUGGUUUCAUUGAGUUGAAGGCUUGGAUUCUUAUUGUAUUACAAAAGAUCAGAGACCGACAGAGUAUCAUGAACGUUCCUUGUUUCAGUAUGUUAGGUUUAGAUACCAUCUGUUAUUUUUUGGGAUUUAGACUAGGCAACCCUAAUUCCUAAAUUCUGAUUCUUUCCAGCAGAGGGCAUGGGGCAAACACACUAUUUUAGCGGGUAGUGAUCUUUAAAAGCCUGUCCAAAAAACAGGGCUUAAUAUGAGCUAAUGUUCUCUAAAGGUGGGUCCCAGAAUUUGUUUUCCAUCUGGAGCUCAGCCCUGGACAUGUGCAUUUGCAUCCUGCUAAAAAAGAAGUAGCAGCUCCUGGCUUCUGCUUGCACUGAUAUUUCCAACAGUCCAACACAAAUCAUGUUUACUUGAAACACCCAUCUCAUUGAUUUAAAUGGAAUUGGCUUUGAAUUAAAUAUGCUUAGAAUUACUAGUCUUAAAGAGAUACAGAGCAGAAAAUCCCUAUAUUACAUAUCACUUUCCAAGCAGGUAUUUUUAUACCGUUAGAUAACUUCCUUAGCUAGAAAAUAAGUUAAUCUACUACAGUGUCUACAUUAAAACAGAUGAAUCGGUGUGAAGUUAAAUGCCAGAUACUGGAUCCGUAUCACAACUAGACUGCUUUCGUGUGUAGGUGUGCCAAGACCCAGUUGACAUAACCACCUUGAUGUAGCAGUGCAGCCACUACAAAUUAUCAUCUCGGGCUUAUUGGCCAAUCUUGUGACUUCUUCAGCAUGUGUUGACAUGGUGACUCUGUGCACAUCUUAAAGCAUUUUAUGUAAUAUACAGUCUAUGGUCUUUACAUGUGUCAGAGCAUUCCCUACUUUAGGGAGAAAAUUGCAGCUCCUGGGGGCUUCACCACCUUAUCAAAAUGGUUGUGUGAAUCAGCCUGUACCUGAAUGCUUUCCAGUUCCUUAUUUCUCUCCAGAAACAAACAGCAGAGCCAGGAGUUCAAGAGAAAGCUCUGCUUUGUUUACAGCUUCAGUCUAAAGUAGUUGCUUGGCUGUAGUAGUUGCUUUGCCUAAAAAGGGAAGAAGAACUAGCCAUAGUCUGCUGGUCAGUCUGGGGGCUAUGUCAGGCAAAUGGGGGUGAUUUGGAUUCAAAGUCUUCUCUGUUCCACCCCAGCAUCAGGGCCAAACCCAUGCUUUUUUUUCAUUUGGGUCAAAGCCUGGCAGGCCUCAGCUGUCCCCUUUUCAGCCCCUACCAUCCUCAGACCAUGCCACCAUGAUGAGGUUUCCAACCAUUGACCUCCUCUUGUUUCUAAUUACCUUUUGGUUUAAAUGUUUAAAAUGAAAACAUAAAACAAGAAUAGCAAAGUUAGCAAGAUAUAAUAUCAAAGUGCACACAGCAGUGUUGGCUACAGUGCCUCAAGAUGUCACAUUUCAAGUCAAUAGGUAAAUUACAAUAAAAUAUAGUUAUAAGCCAGAGUGGACUGAAAUUACAGAGAGUUAUCUUUAAGCAGAGUCUAACCUUUGAAUAUAACUUAUUCACAAUGUUAUCUGACCUGAUGAAUAUGAUAUAAAGAGCUACUAUAUUACAUCAGAUUUAUCUCUCUUAGCAAUGCUGCUAAUUACUCAGUUUUGAUAUACCAGUCAUUCUGAUAAUGCCAUGUCCCCAAAUUCUGUCUAGCUGACCUUUCAUGGUGAACCCUGUUGUCUUCCAAUAUUUACCUCCUUAUCUGACUGUGGAAAGGGGGUUCCAUGGUAUCCUAAGACCCCUCAGCUGCCCUCACAUACAGCAGAGAAUUACUCCCUUCAUCUGUAAUGGUACUAUUUUACUGUAAGAUGCAUACCUAAUUAAAAAGGAAAAACUCCUGCCUGUAAAAGCAACAACUUUGAACAACUUUGAUUCUGGCAAGGGUGAUUGAGGCAAAAAACAUAGCUCUGCUCUGCAAGUGAAACCUAAGCUCCAGCAAGUUCCAAGAGAGGUCUUCAAUGAUCAAACUAAAUCCACAAAUUUAAUUGUAUGCCUGAAAAUAAUACACCUGUGUUUAAACACGUGGAACAUACACUCUAUAUACAAAACCUUUUGAUCCUUCCAGCCAUAGGUGCUGGCUCCCUGGGGCCCUGGGUGUCCGAGCACCUACAAAAUUCUCCAUGAAAGGGCUGGGCACCCACAAAUUUCGGCUCCAGGAUCAUGCACGCUUCAUGGCACCCACAGAUCUGAGCACCCAUGGUCAUGGGGCCAAGCUGGCACUCCUGCUUCUAGCUGAUGACUUGUUGUUUCUUACUGUAUUGACCCAAAUAUAAGCCGCACCCGAAUAUAAGUUGCACCUUUAAAAUUGGGGGGGGGAGAGAAAAGAAAAAAUACCCGAAUUUAAGCCGCUCCAUUCCUCUCUGCUCUUGGCUGCAUACUGGACAGGGGAGGGGGGAGCCGCACUGUGUUGCCUUCGGCUUUUCCCGUUCCUCGCUCUCUCUCUUCUUGGCCUCGGGGGAGAGGACGGGGAACCAAGCAUGGGGCGGGCGCCUCUUUGCCACGCUCCUGGUGCUGUUUGCUCCAUGCUCCUGGCUGCAUACCGUAAGGUUGCGAAUAUAAGCUGCACUUUAACUCUUCAUGAUCGGAAUUUGGAGGGAAAGUGAGGCUUAUAUUCAGGCUAAUACGGUAUUUAAUGUUUUGGUUAUUUGGAAUAGCAUAUCAGAAAAGCCAAAUAAGGUCAGACCAAUGGUCCAUCUAGCUUGCAGUCCUUUCCUUAGCAGGAACCUUCCUAAAGAAUCCUAAGCAGUGCCCAUAUCCAGGUGGUUUAGGAAGUUCUAGCUCCUAAACGUAAGGAUGCACUAAAAGCAACAUGAUAGAUGCCUAUAGAACAUGAUAUAGCAAUAAACUUGUUGGGCUGUGUGUGUGUGUGUGUGUGUGUGUGUGUGUGUGUGUGUGUGUGUGUGUGUGUGUUUCUAGUGGUUCAAAAGAAUGUAUCUUCUAAGCCCAUACCCUUGCAGUGAGUUAUAAAAAGGGAAGGAAUGACUAGAGUCAUUACAUUUCUGAGUACCAAGGCUUCCUCCUUAGGAACAGGAAUCCAGGACUGUAAUAUUUAAUUCUUUCCUAUGAUUUGUCAUCACAGUAGUAGGGUAUUAAAGUACCUGAUCUCAAGAGCACUUAAACAAAUGUUCAACUUUUCUCAAAAGGGAUUAUUAGAUUAUUAAUUUGGAUAAAGUUACACAUGUGUUUUGAAUAGUUGAAGGAUUUGAAGCUCUUGUAGUCUCCUUUGGAUUUGGAAAACAUGUUCAUAAGAAAGACUGCACUUAUAAUUGUCCCUGACUAAUGUGAAGUUGAUAUAUCCAGUUCCCUCCCUCCUCCACUCUUUCUAACAGACACACAAAAUCUGCACUUCUGUGCAUACAUACACACUUCAAAAAUCAUUGAAUGUAAUUUUAAAUGGGAUUCCCCCCCCCAAUAAAUAUCCUUCCAAAGUUGGAAGUAUACUACUGACAGCAUACUUAUGAGUUUGGAAAUACGCAAGAUCACAACCAAAAAUAUAUAGGAACCAAUUUUUAUUUUAAAAUAUUUAUAUGCUGCUGUUCUGGGCAAAUGUUGCUUUUGUAAUAUUUUUAAAUAAGGUUCUGAAGCUGAAAGCUAUAUCUUACAUUUUGCUAACAUGGAAUAGUGAUUGAUGUGUCUUCAUAUUCAUUAAAAUGUUUUCUUUGGAUGGGUUGUUUGCAUAUCCAGCUUCUGAAACAUCAAAAGACUUCAGAUUCAACUUGGCAAAUUCACAUAUAUGUUACAGAUGUAAUAUGAGGACUUGGCAAUGGAAUCCAAACCCUUUUUUCAGCUGGACUGGGUGUGCGUGGGGGGAGUGUAUUGGGCAGAGGUGCUCCUCCACCCAGCCCAGCCAACCUCAAAGUUCAAGAGUAUACAAAAUAAAAUGAAUAUGAGCAAUUAUUAUUACAUGUUAAACAUUUGAAAAGCUGAACAAAAUUAUUUGAACACAGUUCUGAAUUCCAUAAAAAAAGGCAUGUAAUUUUAAUUUUUUUAAAUGUACGAAAUGUUGUUGACCCCAUUAAUGUUGAAAAAGUAAUGAAAUUACAUUUAUAUCUAAUUAUUUUGUGGGACUACCAGUGGUCUCCCAUUGAUCAAUAUCUGCUUUGCUUCAUCAAUAGUGCUGUUUCAGGUUCUUCCUGAUAAUCUACUGGACCCAAUGUUGACAUUAUUAUUAUUAUUAUUGCAGAAACCAACAUGUAUUCUUAUCAAUUUAAAUUUUUAAGGUUCCUGCUGAAAAUACGAAAUGCAUCUGACUUCCUAUCCUUUAGCAUGCACCUAUCAUACUUAGCCUCGUUGUUGACAUUUUUCAGUGGUAUGCUUCCCUGAGUAAUGUUGCUGGGACUGCCAUAAUAUGGCCUUUUGGAAUAGUGCAGCUGCUCCUGCAGUUAACAAGGAAGAUGUAAAGUGCCUAGAGGGUUCGCGCCCCAGCCACAGCAUCUCACUGAUUUCAGAGGCUUGGAAUGUUGCAUCAUUUUUAUUUUGGAAUAUUGUAUGUGUAAAAGGGGAAAGCUUAUUGCUUGGCUCAUUUUAUUCCCAUCAUCCCAAAGUUUAAUCGCAUUCAGGGUGGCAGUGGGAAGGGUGAUGAUAAGCUAAGAGGUCUGACUCUGUGGUGACAUAAAGUGUGUGGUUCAUAGCAGCCCAGGAGAUGUGCAAAAACAAUGGAAAAUGUGCUGACCGCAGCUUAAUAAUAAUAAUAAUUAUUAUUAUUAUUAUUAUUUAUUAUUUAUACCCCGCCCAUCUGGCUGAGUUUCCCCAGCCACUCUGGGUGGUUUCCAAUCAAGUGUUAAAAACAGUACAGCGUUACAUAUUAAAAACUUCCCUGAACAGGGCUGCCUUAAGAUGUCUUCUGAAUGUCAGGUAGUUGUAUAUCUCUUUGUCAUCUGAUGGGAGGGCGUUCCACAGGGUGGGCACCACUACUGAGAAGGCCCUCUGUCUGGUUCCCUGUAGCUCACUUCUCGCAAUGAGGGAACCGCCAGAAGGCCCUCGGCGCUGGAUCUCAGUGUCCGAGCUGAACGAUGGGGGUGGAGACGCUCCUUCAGGUAUACAGGACCGAGGCCGUUUAGGGCUUUAAAGGUCAGCACCAACACUUUGAAUCGUGCUCGGAAACGUACUGGGAGCCAAUGCAGAUCUCUCAGAACCGGUUGCAACAGCACACUAAAAAUUCUGCUUGGUUUCAGGCUUGUGGAACGCACAGUCACUAUUGUGGAUUUCAGCAGUUUCCGGAAAGAAUGUGCUAGUCCAAAGACAACGUAUUUGGAUGACUUUAAUGGUGAGUGUCGUUUAUUUGAGGGAUCCUAUGCAGCAUGCUUAGAAUUGGAGUCUUUGCAAGGAGUGAGUAAGGUGGGUUGUCUCAAUAGAUCAGGUAAGUAUGAAGAGGGGAGUAGGCAGGAAAGAGGGUAGUUCUAAAUUAAAUUACCGGUAAUUAGGUAAAGGGCUACAGGACCAGGAAAUGGAGCAUGAGCAGAAGGGCAGAAUAUGAUGUAGUAUCUGUGAGUUGCACAUGUGAGGUGCUUUGAUGAACAGACAAAUUCAGCUAGCAGGAAGGAAAAGCAAUACUGUAUAGGAACAGGAAAGGACAAAAAAGAACCAAUCACAGUAGGAGCAAAGCAAAGAUACAGUAAAACUACUUGGGUCUGUGGAGGCCUGUAAUUUGCCAAAGACAUGCAGCAGCUCAUGGUUCUCUGAAGUCCACCAGUGGCUGAUUAACGGGAAAAAAUGAGACACAAACUUAUAAUUGUUGCACUUUUCUGUUCAGGGGACUAACUGCAUUUGACUUUAGAAUUUGUAAGUUUUGUUAAAAUGCAGGCACUUUGAAAAGGUCUAAUACAACUUUAUUGUUGAAAUAAGAAUAUAAAUUGUAAUUGUGAACAUUUCACAUUUUUUAAAGAAAUACAUUUUCACUAAGUCAAAAAAGUAUUCAGACUAAUAAAUGAUUUGAGAAAAUAUCUAUAAGAUUAUGCAGGUAACUAAAAACUAUAGCAACAGCAAACAGUUAUCAAUAGUUGAGAAGGCAUUGCCUUGUUUUGCUAUUUAAUUAAUGGCUGAUUGAAUUCAAAUAUUAAGGGCAACAAAAUUGCUGGGUAAAUCAAUCUAAAAUCAGAAAGUCAACAAAAAUAUAAUUAGAUAAAGCAGCACUUAAAACAAUCAUUUUAAAACAGAUAGAAAACUACCCCUCCCCUCAAAAAUCAGCAAUAAGGAAUUCCAGAAAAAUAAAAAAUCUUACAGCAAGCCAAUCUAAUUCAAACACAUAAUCCAGUGACACAAUGACAUACCUAUGUUAUACUAUAUAUAUUGCAAAUAUAUUGCAAAACCCAAUGACAUCCCAUUUAAAAAAAGAUUUACUGGGUUAAGUCACAUACAUAAAAUUAAAGUCAUCUGUACAGCGAAAAUGGAAGUUAUGGGGUUUUUUUCUCAGAUGGAUUUGCAAUAAAGAUAGGUGCCCAUCAUGAAGUUACAGGACUUAGACACUGAGGACCUGAGUUAGGGAGGUUUGUUGGUCACCAGUUCUCCCUAGUGUUGUACAGUGUUAUACUGUGGAGGGAGCGGGUGGCGCUGUGGUCUAAACCACUGAGCCUCUUGGGCUUGCUGAUCGGAAGGUCGGUGGUUCAAAUCCAUGUGACAGGGUCUCUGUCCCAGCUUCUGCCAACAUGACAGUUCUAAUGCACACUAGUGCAAGUAGAGAAAUAGAUACCACUGCGGUGGGAGGUAAAUGGCAUUUCCAUGCACUCUGGCUUCUGUCACCGUGUCCCGUUGCUUGAUGUUUUCCUUGGGAGGGCUAUGCCCUAGUAGCCCUAGUGUAAAUGCCUCCACUGAUAAGAUCAUCGCUAGGUGGACAGACACCAAGCUGCUUCUGAAUUUCUUGCAUGGAGCUGACUGCUUGGUUGAGAAAAAGAAAUAUGUCAGUGUUCUCCCUCAUCUUUGUCAACUGCUCAAUCAUUAGUACUGAAUGAUCACAACUCUGCUCUGCUUCUUUGCUCUCCAUGAGGACAUGUUGAUUUAGUCAGACUGUGUGGCAUCUGUCAGUGUCUUGCAUGGAUUUUCUGGUGCUUAAUGAAUUUAUUUUGUAAAACAAACACCUUCUUGCAGUCCACACAUCUAACACAUUGGGGUUGGGUUCAGGCACAAAUUAUAUUUUUGUUUUUACUUCCUUUUUUUGAGAAUUGGCCAAAUAUUUUCUCACAUUUGUUACGUGCAAAAGUUUUGUUUAAGAGUAGCAUUGCUGUGAGGCUUGAUUUCUUACCCACUGAUUUCCCCCACAAAUCAAUCAUUUAUAAAGUCUUGCCUGCUAAUAGAUCUUAAGGCAGGCAUCCCCAACCUGCGGCUCUCCAGAUGUUUUGGCCUACAACUCCCAUGAUCCCUAGCUAACAGGACCAGUGGUCAGGGAUGAGGGGAACUGUAGGCCAAAACAUCUGGAGGGCCGAAGGUUGGGGAUGCCUGUCUUAAGGUGUUUUACAAGGGUAAUUUUCAUUUUAAAGUUUUCCCCACACCCAGUAUACUUGCAGAAUUUAAUUCUUGCUGGCACCUUUGGAUAGAUAAUUACAACCUUCCAUAUUUUGAGUUGUAUUGUAGGACAAUAUUGCUGUCUUUCCUGAUAUUCAGGUUUUGCAGAAGUGUCUCUUCCCCCAUCGUUCAGCCCAGACCCUGACGUCCUCCUCAGAAGGUCUUCUACUGGUUCCUUCACUACAAGAAGCAAGGUUACAGGGAAUCAGGCAGAGGGCCUUCUCAGUAGUGGUGCCCUCUCUGUGGAACACCCUCCCUUCAGAUGUCAAGAAAAUAAACAACAAUCUGACUUUUAGAAGACAUCUGAAGGCAGCCCUGGAUCGGGAAGUUUUUAACGUUUGAUGUUUUAGUAUGUUCUCAAAUAUGCUGUGAGCUGCCCAGAGUGGCUGGAGAAACCCAGCCAGAUGGGCAGGGUAUAAUAAUAAUAAUAAUGAUAAUAAUAUCAAUAAUAGUAAUUCCAACAAGGAUUAAGCAGUGGAUGUAAUCCAUCCCUGAGUUCCCACAUUAUGUUUCUCUUCAACCAUCAUUCAUGUCUACCCUCGCAUCACUCAUGUUACUUGCAACAGAUGUAGGCAGUGUAUACCAGAAGUUUAAAGUGGAUCAAAUGCUUCCCUGGUGUGCAUGUUUGUUGCAUCAUCCACAAUAUCUUGUCCUCAUCUUCAAAGUGCAGCACUGGACUUUUUGGAAGCCCUUUGGAAGCAACUUUGAACCUUGCUUAAAGAGGAGAAAUUUAAUGGAAACUGCUUCUCCUGCCCUGCCCUGUUCCUUAAACUUCUGAUUUCAGCAGUUUAGAGGAUCAACACAAAACAGCUUCCAAAAGAUAAUUUCUAAAAAGUGAGAACCCUGGCUUAAAAUUUGCCUGGAGAAGUUCUCAAGAAUCCUGAAGCACCUGGAAGCACUGACAUGGCCCAUAAUCACCUGUGUGUGAGCAGCUUAUCAAACAUCACUAAGCCUGGUUUCCUGUUGUUGGAUACCCCAGCUCAGAUGAACAGAAAAUCCGAAUCCUGUCCAGGGAGCAGCAAGGCAGAGCAGUUGACUGACUGCUGCAUCCCAUGUCUGCUGACUCAAUAG